AUGUCGGCCCCGCUGGUUAAAGUCUUGCACCGCCUGCAGAAGCUCUUCCAGAACGUGGUGUCCGCCAUCGAGACCAUGAUCCUCUUCCCUUCUCUCUUCCGCGGUUUCUCGCACCGCCGCCGCAAGCCCUUCCUGGGCGCCCACUGGCGCCGCCGCUCUCUCGAUGACUUCGCCGACGAGGUCGACACCAUCUUCUCCGCGCCGUUGUCCACCCCCAAGAUGAUCGACAUGUCCGACAAGAUUCGUGCCCAGUUCCGCGAUUGUCUCCAGAACAGCCCCUGCUGCAUGCUGCCGUCCUACACCCAUGCCCUGCCCUCCGGCUCCGAGAAGGGCACCUACCUUGCACUCGAUGUUGGAGGUUCUACAUUCCGUGUCGCUCUGAUCGAGCUGUCUGGUCGUGACGAGGAAAUGCGCAUCGUGCGCGUAUCGUCUUCCUACAUCGAUAACAGCGUCAAAUUGCUGCAGGGGACUCAAUUUUUUGACUGGAUGGCGGGUCACAUUGAUACCAUGCUGAAGGACGUAGGCGCCGAAUACGGUCGUGGCGAGGAACCGCUCUCAAUGGGCUUGUCUUGGUCUUUCCCUGUCGACCAGACUUCCGUUAGCAGCGGACUGAUGAUCCACAUGGGUAAAGGAUUCCACUGCUCCAACGGCACCGUCGGACAGGAGCUAGGUCAAUUGCUUAUUGACGCCUGCAAGAAGCGCAGUCUGAAUGUUGAUAUGGCUGCGAUUUUGAACGACAGCUCUGCUGCUCUACUUUCACGCGCAUACGUUGACCCCAAAACUCGCAUGUCUUUGAUUCUUGGAACCGGAACCAACAUGGCUAUUCACUUCCCCGUGCACGAGAUCGGUCAGGGCAAGUUUGGUACUCGCCCCGAGGGUUGGUUCGAAUAUGCCAAGCACGUUAUCAUCAAUACUGAGAUGAGCAUGUUCGGAGGCGGCGUCCUUCCCAUGACUCGUUGGGACGACAUUUUGAACCGCACCCACCUGCGCCCGGACUACCAGCCUCUGGAAUACAUGAUCACCGGCCGAUAUCUAGGUGAGAUUGUGCGAUUGAUCAUCGUGGAGGCCGUCGAGACCGCCAACCUUUUCAACGGCGAGCUGCCGCACUCCAUGCGCGAGCCCUACUCCUUCGACACCAGCAUCGUGGCCUUCCUUGAGGAAGACUCUUCAAUCUCUCUCGCCGGCUCUGCUGCCCUGCUGCAAAAAGAACACACCUUCCCCAGCUACCCCUCUGUCGAAGACCUGCGCUUCCUCCGUCGCAUCUGCCAGGUAACUUCCCGUCGCGCCGCAGCCUACCUCGCAACUGGCAUCCACAGCAUGUGGUGUCUGCGCAACGAAGUCGAGUUCCCCUCCAAAACCGACCCUCUUGCCAAGGUAUCCUCCGAAAUCACCGUCGUCGAAAGCGAAGAUGAAAACGAAUGCGCCAACGUCUCCAUCGCCUGCGAUGGCACCGUCAUCAACAAGUACCCCGGAUUCCGCGACACCUGCCAGCGCUACCUUGACCAACUCUCCGCGCAAAGCCACCCAACAAUCACCUCCGCAAUUCGCCUCGAACCAGCCCCCGAGUCUGCCAUCCUCGGCGCAGCUGUCGCAGUCGCAGUUUCUGUCGCCGAGAAAGAGGCGAGGUAA